AUGAAUCAAAGAUAUUUUAAAUAAUUUAAAUUAUACUAAAAUAAUCAAUUUUAGAUUGAAUAAGAAAUAAAUUAGUAAUUCUUAAUAAUAAUAAUUUCAUAAAUGUUUAAAAUGCUUUAAUAUUAUUACAAAAUAAAUGAUGAAAUUAAAGCGUAAUCAUUUUUAUCAAAAAUUGUUUCUGUGCGCAUGUUAUUUCUUUUAAAAUUAGAUUAAUAUUUGAUUUUUAUGUAAAUAGAAAAUUAAUUAAUAAGAUAUGCUUUAAUUAGUAAAACAUAGAAUAUAAUUAUAUAAGAAAUUAAUAAAUGUGAACUAAAUAAUUGCGCUUUCAUUAUAAUGUCUAAAUAGGCAAAUCAAUAAGGUUUUUAAUCUUAUUGUCAGUCUUGUUUAUAAUUUAGAUAAUGUUAUAAACAAGAAUAAAAUAUUGUAUGA